AUUGCCGUUUAUCUACUGGAUCUUAACAAGGUGUGCGAGAGAAUUAUCGAUAACCGAACAUACAUUUAAAUGUCGAGAUAAAAGUAAACAUGACUUAUUUGUUCACUGCGCCUACAUGUGGGGUAUGUAACAGACGUGAAAAGCAAACUUUCUAUUGUCGUCUGCGAGAGAGUGUUCGAUAAGUAAUAUUCAAUCAAACUGUAAUAACAGACGAGUCGAGGGUCGCGUCGGGUCAGAAACUCAAUUGUCGUCUGUGUAAUUAUCGUUCAGAUUAUAGUCUCUGGUAAACUUCGUUUUUUUAUCCGAUUGAACGUCACUUACAAAAUAGGAAAUCAGAGGGACAAAACGGAGCGAUAAAUCUAAUGGUGUAUCAGCUUAAAUAAACCAGCAGUUUGUGUAAAAUUCUGAUGCCUGGAAUUUCCCCGAAUCCAAGUUGAAUAAGCCCCAUGCUACAUCACCAACUUCUUAUCCAAACCAGGACAUCGUUAGCAAUCGGAUUUUCGUCGGUCUGCGAAUUGAUCUAUACCAGUGCACUUGUUGAAACCUAGGGCGUUCGCGGCAACAGGUUGUUCAUAAAUUGUGAUUCGUUGGAGAUGUCCACGGGUCUUUGCACGCAAUGCUGCCUGGACUGAUAAGCCCGGAAAUCGUGUCGCUUCCUUCUGUCCGAACUAUGGAGGAGUCCCUAUUCCCACCAAUAGCGCGGAAAAGCGCAAUCUCAGUCGCAAGCGAGAACGACCCUAACGACUAUUGCAACCCUCCAUCGCAGAGAGACCGGAAGUCGCUGACAACACGGGGGAGCGUUCCGGGAUCCUUCUCGGCUAGCCCAAUGAAAUUCCCGGCGAUAGAUCGCGCCAAUUCCACUAGCAUCGCGAGCCUGCCCGGGUCCCGGGCAAAUAGGCACCGGACCAGCAAUCGGGAGCUCCGUGCAAACUACUGCAGAUCGCCGAGCUGCCCUUCCAAUCUUGGUUUAACCCGAACGGACAAUAGAGUAGAGUUUAAAAAGUUCAAUAGGAAUCUGUCCCACACGGACGCCGAAAGCUCGGACGUGGGAUCAACAGAUGUCGAGAACACUACAUCAAAACUUCCAAGUAUUUUCACGAAUGACAAUGCGGGUUCGCCGGAAAUUAAUAACGUUACUACCCGACGAGAGAGGAAUAAAACGGAUAAGCUGAAUUCACUAUCGCUGCGUCGAAGUGAUUCUUUUUUCAAUGCAUUUCCUCAAAAUAACAUAGACAAUCGCCGACAGUUUUCAAACAGAGACACCGAGCAAAGGCAAGGUCAGACCGCCGCUCUCCUCUUACCAUUACGACCUAACGCUCAAACAAACAAAAAGAAAAAGAAGCGAAGGGCGAGGAAGUUAUCCGACUCCGACGUCGACGCUAUGGAUACCACACCGCGGAACGGCGCGGUGGACAACACAACCAAGCCGGCCGACGGCGGCGAUUCCGACCUCGCGCUCAACAUAAUAUCUCGCGAGAGCGAACGGUACGACGAGGAUCUAGAGACGACGCCGCGCGCUAUCGAAAUCAGCUCCUCUCGGAAGGUGAAGCAAUGGAUGAGCAAUAACCAAAAGGAAGGUCACAUAAAGGUCUGACACAUAAAGCCGGUCAGCGAAUCAUACAUGCAAGCCGGCUUUCGACUAGUCAUGCAUGGAACACCGGCUCCCUUUCCGAUGCGACGUUUUGUUUCUCAUGUCGUUAUCGUUUCUGGUUUGAUUCCCAGUUCAAAAAGUACCAAUAUGACUACAGUAUUACGUUUAACAAAAUUUCCUGCGCGUCUUCUGACAUCAGCUUGGAGAUUUCAAGGGGAGGAUCGCUUUUCUUCUCCAAUUCUAUGUUCGCGUGAAUAUAUUUCUGUGUAUAGUGAAUAUAUUGCGAGUAUUCUCACAUUUGACUUAGCCUACAACGUAAAGGCUAAAAUGUAUGCAUAAUGCAAUAUCGAGCAGGUUUGGUGCUAUUAUAGACUGAAUGCACAAAACAAGCACCCGUUACGAGUGUUUGAAAUCCGGAUUAUGUUGUGUUAAACACCAGAGUGGAUGAGGUGGUUAUUUGACGCUUCAGUCUUCACUGAUGUCGUCAACUUGUUAAGCACGUUUUCACGUGAAUCCUCGAAUUGCAGAAUUGGUUUAAACAUGUCGGACAUACAAUGUUUUCGUUAUGAACAUAAAAACGCCACAUAGCCGUCAUUGAUACCCUUAAUCUGUUUGUAUAUAAUCACUUUAUGCUCAUUCUUUUGCAGAGGUGAACGUGUUAAGCUUGCCUAUUCACCAGUCUCAGAGCUCUCAGAGCUUAUUAAAUGUUUUUUCAAUGAGAUUUUCCUUUCGCGGCUUUAUUUCCUGAUCCGUGUUACCUGUAUGUUAAUACGAUUGAUUGAAAUUCAGCCAAUUUGCACAGUUACCAACUAAAUGGGGUUAGUGGGUUAAUUUAGGUUAAUUAUAAUCCUAAAUAAAAGCUUUCUUGGACGACAUCAAAUAUAUUCACGUAACACUGACUGCAAAAACUCUCUAAUAGAUCGUUUUAUGUAAGGUCUUCUAUUUUUUCGUGUUAUCCUGCUAAGUAUGGGGACGAUUCACACGUUCAUCACUAAUCUCUGCAAAUUAUAGUACCUUUUUUUUAACUGUAACACAUAUUUCGCAUAUUGUGUUUGCUUAAUUUAAGUCGUAGAUCGGGAAUGUCCUGUUCAUGCCAUAUAGGUGUUUAACGAUAUUAUUUCCAAAUGAAUACGAAACAAAGGGGGGUUACUAUGCUAUAACACGUAAAUCAAGCAUAUGCGUUUGGAUAGUCGGACUCUACCAUAAUUGUUGGAAUGAUAUGAGUCGCGUUCUGAGAAAAAUGGGCAUAAUGCAUGUGCGUAAAGUGUUAUCCCAGAUUAGCCUGUGCAGUCCGCACAGGCUAAUCAGGGACGACACUUUCCGCUAUAAACUAGAUUUUCGGCUAAAAGGGACUUCAUUUAAACGAAAAAUACCAUUAAAGCGCAAAGUGUCGUCAAUGAUUAGCCUGUGCGGACUGCAAAGGCUAAUCUGGGACGACACUUUACGCACGUGCAUUAAGCCCAGUUUUCUCAGAACGCGACUCAUAUGUUUCCAAUCGUUUCAAAGUCAAUUAUUAAAGCCUCGUUCGGGUAAAACUGGGCUUGACGCAUGUGCGUUCAAUGCCGUCCUAGAUUAGCCGACUGCUCAGGCUAAUAAGGGGCGAAACUGUCCGCUUUUAUGGUACUUUUAGUUAAAAUGGAGUUUUUUUAUGAACGAAAAUCCAGCUGGAGCGGAAAGUAUCGUCCGCUGUCAGUCCGAGCGGACUGAAUAGGCUAAUCUAGGACGAACCUUAACGAACAAGCAAUAAGUUUUCCCAGAACAAGGCUCAUAGAUUUUUACUCCUAUAAAGUCACGUUUUGCUAUAUUUGAAUUGAAUUUCGUACACAUUUGAUUAUUUAUUUUUAUUUAUGUUGAAUCAUCUGGAAUAUAUAUUGUAACAUAUUAACAUUAUGUACAUUUAAACAUAUAACUACCACAUAUAUGAUUAAUUAAAAAAAAAAGUCUUUUGCACAAAACCCAUGCUCUGUAAAACCUACAUUUCUGUGUUUUUCCACAAGAAAAAGUCCGUGUGUACGUCUUUAUCAAAUUAAAAUCGCAAACUUAUAUCUCGAGUAGGACUCGUUUAGGACUGAUUGAAAACGAAAUAAUUGGAGCGAUAUAAUAUUUAUCAAUAAAACAAUAUGAUUUAGUAUUUUUAUAUGUUUUCACAAUUUAAUAAAUUGAGUAUCAUACCUUAGAUUAUGAAUUGAACUAAUAAGAAAUGAAUUUUUUAGAUAUUUAUUUUUUACCAUAUAAAAGGUCGAUUCUAUUCGACAAACGUACUUGCCGUCGUUGUGAAGCUUUUGUGAUUUUACGAGUACAUGCUGCAUACAUUUUUAACCCAUUUAUGCCUAGUGGACUCUCCCAUCCUCCUAAAUUGGAUCAAUUUAUUUCCAAAAUUAGGGAUGUCUAGUAUAUUUAUUUCUAUAUUUAGAAUAUUUCAUACAGAAAUUCCUUUAAGCAAAUAGCGCAGACCCUGAUGAGACGCCGCAUCAUGCGGCGUCUUAUCUGGGUCUACGCUGUUUGCCAAGGCCUUUUUUCUAGACGCUAGGCAUAUAUGGGUAAAUGCAAUAUUUCUGGUUCAGUGCUGCUUUUCUAUGCCUAUUUCAUGCUCAAUGCCCAAAUCUUGUGUAAUGUUUGUUUGUUAUGCCCAUUAAUGUUCAUAUGUUUUAUAACCUACGAAAGAAGGCUUCGCAAAUAAUCUUAAUCACCUUCUUAAUAUUUAAACUGAAAAGUAGACUUCGUGGUAUUGUGUUCGUGCACUUCGUUAGAAUGUUAUAAAAUUGACUAUCUUAUAGAUAUACAACAAAAAUAACAAGAAUAAUUGUGUAGUACAGAAUUUUGAUAACGUGGACAUUUUAGUUGCUCUAAAAUUCAUACAAGCUUCAGCAAAUUACAAGAACAAAUAACAUUUUAACAAGCCUAAAGUGUGCCAGGUACAAAAAGGCAAUGGGUGCAUUUGUGUACAACUCUUAUAAUUUAGCAUACUCAUUUGUGCGCGGCCGUAAACUAAAACGUGUACUUGAGUCUCACUUUGGGAAAACGGGGUUUAAUGCAUGUGCGUUUUCCCAAUGCAAGGCUCGUUUGUUUGCUUGACUUCCUCUUAAGACAAUAUCGUUUCUGUUACAUAUAUUAUUUAUGCAUGUCUUGAGCUGUAUUUAACUUGUUACAAGAGAAUUUACUCUGCAAUAUUUCAUUUCAGACAUUGUUAUAAGAUUAAAACAAAAUAUUUAUUUAUCGCUA